AUGAAGGCUGUCAAUUACGUUGGCCCUCACAAGGUCAAGGUCGAGGAGGUUGAGAAGCCCCGGCUCGAGCAUCCAGACGAUGUCAUCGUCAAGGUGACCACUCAAUUUGCGGCUCUGAUCUACACGGAACCGGGCAUCACAUUCGGCCACGAAAACAUGGGCAUCGUAGAGGAGGUGGGUGAAGGAGUGAGCUUGUUGAAGACAGGCGAUCGCGUCGUCAUGCCAUUCAACGUGGCCGAUGGUCGGUGUCGCAAUUGUGAGGAGGGCAAAACUGCGUUUUGUACUGGCGUCAACCCAGGAUUUGCUGGUGGUGCUUACGGCUACGUCGCCAUGGGCCCUUAUCGUGGGGGCCAAGCGCAGUACAUUCGCGUUCCGUACGCCGACUUCAAUGCCCUGCUUCUCCCACCCGGAAAAGAGCACGAAACCGAUUUUAUCAUGCUUGCUGACAUUUUUCCCACUGGGGAGAGCAUUGCCGUGUUCGGCGCCGGUCCCGUCGGCCUGAUGGCUGCGUAUUCGGCGGUUCUUCGGGGAGCUUGCCGAGUCUAUGUGGUUGAUCGCGUGCCGGAGAGGCUCGGGGCGGCCGAGAAGAUGGGAUGCACGCCGGUAGAUUUUACCCGGGGCGACCCGGUUGAUCAAAUCAUCGCGCUUAACGGCGGCAUGGUGGAUCGUUCCGUCGACGCCGUGGGGUACCAGGCCGUCAACUCGGGUGGCACUACGGAGCAGCCCAACAUUGUGUUGGAGAACAUGAUUCGGGUGACUCGGGCCUGCGGUGGGCUUGGGAUCCCCGGCCUCUAUGGCCUCUCCAUCGGCACUGGGCAGUGCAACGUCAAGUCCUACAACCGCUACCUCCGCGAUCUCAUUAUUGCCGGCCGCGCCAAGCCAAGUUUUGUCGUUUCCCACGAGAUCAACAUUGACGACGCGGAGAUGGCCUACGACAAAUUCGCGCGAAGGAUUGAUGGCUAUACAAAGCCGGCAGGUCUCGCCGUCGGAAUCGUGGGGUUGGCGGGGUUGUUCAGCACGUGUCUGGAUGUUUUGGACAAAGUCAGCGAUUACAAGGAGUUCGACACCGAGUCGCGGGCCUUGGUCGCACAGUUCGAAGCGCGCAAAGAGCUGUUUCGGAAAUGGGGCAAGGCCGUGGGGAUUGACGAGUACGGCGAGAGAGCGCUGCACCAUGCGCCGGAGCUCGACGACCCCGUCACCUCGACCAACGUGGAGAACAUUCUCUACUCGAUCAAGGACUUCCACGGCAGCUCCGAGGAUUUCCUCGCCAACUUGCAAAAUCAGGCAACGUCGCCCACCAUAUCGAAAUCCCCAAUCAGCUUCCCCAAACCUCGGCUCAAUGGCUAUCCCGGCGCCUUUCGGGAAAUGGCGUCGCGAAGAAACAAGUUGAGCUGGGCGUUGAGAGACAAGGCGAAACACUACGCGGCGCUGCAGCAAUUUGGGACUCUCGUCACCCUGCUGCACGAACUAGUGCCGGUCUCAGCUCCCAGCAGCAAUGUGCCAGUGGGGAAGCCAACGCGGGAUGAUGGGUUUCUAUCGAGUGACGCCAUGCUAGAAUCAUCCUUGGCAUUUGACCUACAACAACUCACCCUGGAAUGGGAUAAGCAACUUCAGCGAACCUGCGACUGGAUUCUCGAGCGCGACUUCUUCCGUGACUGGCAGACGUCCACAUUCACCUCGGGAAUUGCCAAGAUCCUCUGGAUCAGUGGGCCGCCGGGAUACGGCAAGACCAUUCUUAGUACCCGCAUCGUCAAGCAUUUAACGGCAGUACAUUCAGAAGCAGAGGGUGGCCUCUCGAGACGACAUCAUCAGCCUCUUCACCGCGCUGAUCCAAAAGAUCCCCGGGUGCACCUUUUAGUGGACGGCCUGGAUGAAUGCGCCUCCAAGUGGGACUGGAAAGAAGACCAGCAGCGCAACCUAUCCCAGUUUAUCAAGACCGUCACCCACGCCGUCUCCGGCACCCGGUCGCGUCUGGUCAUUGUUAGCCGCGCCGAUAGGGAUAUCGAGAGUGGUUUCGACGCCGCGGAACAAAAUGAGAAUGCGGGGUUUAGUCUGCAUCGAUAUAAGAUCCGUUGGGAGGAUGUCGGCCCCGACGUGCUGAAAUACUCUCGCAGCGUCGUGGAGGAGAAGUUGGCCACCAAGAACGAAUCGCUUAAAGCGGAGCUCUCGGAGAAAAUGGUCAACCAGGACGACGCCACCUUUCUCCACGUCAAGCUCCUCAAGGAAGACCUGCGCGACACCAAGAGUCCGAAAAAGCUUCGCGAAGUCGUCGACCGCGCGCCCUCGGGCCUGGACAGGCUGUACGACCGGAACUGGGCCAAGAUCAUGGAACGGGAGAACGACAAGGCGCAAGCGCUUUCCGUCCUUCGAUGGGUGGCCUUUGCCCUGCGACCUAUGACGGUGCUGGAAAUGACAGAGGCCAUGGUUAUCGCGGAAGUGGAGGACUCGGAGUUCCCCGAAGACGAGCUGCCCGAGUCCAUCUCCGCGGUCUAUAUCCGAGACGAGAUCCUCAACGUCUGCGCCUCCCUAGUCGACGUCCGAGAAACGACGCAAGACAUGGGAUCGUGGACGCUGCACUUGACGCACUUUUCCGUCAAGCAGUAUGUCCUGAGCCACCUGCCCUUACCCGUCGAGAGGCCCAUUUCCAACGAGAAGCAGCGCGAAGAGAUGCACAACAACGUACUGGCCGAGCACUGCCUGCGAUACCUGGAACUCGAUGAGCUGUGGGACGAGCCCGAGUCCGCCGCCGAGAAAAGAUCGUGGACCCGGAACCUGAGCGAUUACGCCACCAUGUGGUACCAGCAUCUGCGGCCCAGCGCCCCCGAGUGCGACGACGUCAAGGAGGCGUCCAAGCGCUUCUUCCACCCGGACAACGAGAACUGGGAGGGCUGGCGAAAGAGCUUCGACCGGCAGCAGAGCGAAUCGUGGCUCAAGAGCUCCUGCGACGGGGACUCGCGGAGCCGCAUCUUUACGCCUCGCUCGGCGCCGACGUCAAUCAUCGCGCCCAAGAGGGAAAGCGCCCUCUAUCUCGCAUCGUCUCACGGCCACGCCAAGGUUGUCAAGCUUCUCCUUGCCAAGGGCGCUGAUCCGGCCGCGGCUGCGGAUAAUGGUCGGACGCCGCUGAUUCACGCCGCGGACCACGGCCACCUUGACGUCGUCAAGCUUCUCAUCGCCUCUCUCACCCAAAAGGGUGCGGGUGCGGUUGCGGGCGCGGGCGCGGAUCUAAACUACGCCGCGGGUACCAGCUGGCCUCCGCUAACCCUGGCCGCCAACAACGGCCACUACGAAAUCACCAAGCUUCUCCUGGACAAGGGCGCCAACCCCAACAUCAUCAGCGGCACGUGGGGCCCGCUAGGUUGCGCCGCUGACAGCGGCCACGCCGAGGUUGUGCGGCUCCUCGUUGAGCGGGGCGCGGAAGUGAAUUCGAAAGGCGCGGGCGGUUGGUUCCCCUUGGUUUGCUCCGCUAACAAGGGCCACGAGGGAGUCGUCCGCGUCCUCCUCGAUAACGGCGCCGACGUGAACUCGGUGGGGCGCCGAGGCGGAAUCGAGAACUCCCGGAGGGUGGACCCCGUUAAUUGCCGCCGCCAACGGGGCCGCACGGCGGUGGUCAAGAUCCUCCUGCAGAAAGAGGGCAUCGACGUGAAUGACGUGACAAAGGCCCACUGGACCGCGCUCACCUGCGCUGCGGACGGCGGCCACCUCGAGAUCAUGAAGAUGCUCAUCGAGCACGGUGCCGAGGUCGCCGCUCCCACGUCCGGCGGGUGGACUCCGUUCUACAUUGCCGCGCGCGGCGGCUACCUCGAAGCUGCGAAGCUUCUCUUGGAGAAUGGCGCCGACAUGACCAAUACCAACGCCGAUGGGUGGAAUGCGCUCAGCGCUUCCGCCAACAGCGGUCACCUCGAGAGCGCCGCGGAUAGUGGCUACGUCGAAGUCGUGCGCCUGCUUCUCGAGCGGGGCGCGCACCCGACCACCUCCUCCACGUCGGACAAGGUGGAGGGGCCGAUGUGGACCCCGUUGAGCUGCGCGUCCAGCGCCGGACACCUCGGGGUCGUCGAGGUGCUCCUCGACGCCGGGGCUGACAUGACGGUGACGACGAGUGACGGGUGGGGCCCGUUGAGCCUCGCCGCCCUCAACGGCCAUCGUGAAGUCGUGCGGCUGCUUCUCGACAGGGGCGCCGAUGUCAACACCUCUCAACCGGACGGAGAUACCCCGCUGGGCAGCGCCGCCAAGAAGGGUCACGCGGACACCGUCAAGCUGCUGCUCGAGAGGGGCGCCAGCCCAAACGUGGCCAACAUUGGCGGGUGGACCCUCUUGUGCUACACCACCGACGACGGCCACUUCGACAUCGUAAAGCUUCUGCUCCAGAGCGGCGUCGACGUGUCCGUCCCCAACGAGGGCGGGUGGACCGCGCUGCACUGUGCCGCAAACAACGGCCACCUCGAGCUCGCUCGGCUGCUCGUGCAAAGCGGCGCGGACGUGGAUAGCAAGGAUGAGAACGAAUGGACCCCCUUCACUGCGCGGCGAGCGGGGACCACCUUGACGUUGUGA